AUGGCAGAAAUUGCACAUGAUGAGUUUUACAGCAUUGACCAAAUGUUAAUGGAAGAAAACAAUAUGGACCACAGUGAAGCAAUCAACAUGGAUGAGACUCAACACAAUGACAGCAACAACACUGAUCAUGAAGAGGACUUCAGGAACCCCAAAGGUAGAAAACAGUUAACUGUUUUCCAGAAAAAGGAGCUUGUGGAUGCUUAUCUACUUAAGCUAGAGGGGGGUGAAUUGCCUAGGGGGUACUUAUCACAGCAAGCAAAAAAGUUCAAUGUACACAGAUUAACAAUUCUUAGGCUAUUUACAGACAUCAAGGCACAACUGGCAAAGGGGAAUGUCAUAGAUGUCAGAAGCAAGAAGCUGGGAAAAACUGGUCCCAAACCCAGAGAAUACAUAGAUGAAUUCAUGCAAUCAGCUCCUUUGUACAAAAGGGGAACUGAGAGAAGCUAUGCAGCUGCUCUCAACAUCUCACAUGUCACCAUACAUAAGCUGAAGAAACAAGGUAAACUCAGAACACAUACAAGCACAAAUCACCCAGCGCUCACAGCCAACCACAAGUUAGCAAGGUUGAAAUGGGUUUUAAACCAUCUACUUCCUGCUACAGAGAAUGGGAACCCAAAAUUUAUGGACAUGCAACAAGUUGUUCACAUUGAUGAGAAAUGGUUCUUUUUGAACCUAGAAACUAGGAAGUUCUACCUCAUACCAAAUGAACCUAACCCAUAUAGGGCCCAACAGUCCAAGAGGUUCAAAGUGAAAGGGAUGUUCAUGGCUGCCAUAGGGAAGCCCAUUUUUGACCCCCAUGGAGUUGUAUUACAUGAUGGAAAGUAUGGUAUUUUUCCAUUUGUGUAUGAAAGAAUAGCCAAAAAGAAAAGCAAAAACAGGGAGGUUGGGGUUGUGGAAAUCAAGGCCACACAGAAUGUAAACAAAGAAGCAAUCAGGACAAUGCUACUGCAUAAUGUCAUUCCAGGCAUCAAAUCAAAAUGGCCUUCCCUUCUCCCUAAGGACAUCUGGAUCUAG